GAACAUUGAUAGAGCGAUAACGUUGGAGGCAGGUUGUCUUUGAACAGCCCUCUGAAGAUCAACUGCCUCUCCAGCACAUUCCUGGCCCUGAAGCCGUCUUCUCUGGUUGUGCGGAGGGGUGAUGCCCACGGUGCAUCACUUUUCAAGAAUUGGAUCAUGAACAACUCUAUCCUCCUGGAAGAGCAGCUCAUCAAGAAAUCCCAGCAGAAGAGAAGAACGUCUCCUUCCAACUUUAAAGUUCGAUUCUUUGUUUUAACCAAAACCAGCCUGGCAUACUUUGAGGACCGUCAUGGGAAAAAGCGCACUUUGAAGGGCUCCAUUGAACUGUCCCGAAUCAAAUGUGUCGAGAUUGUGAAAAGUGACAUUAUCAUCCCAUGCCACUAUAAGUAUCCAUUUCAGGUCGUGCACGACAACUACCUUCUGUAUGUUUUUGCUCCAGACCGUGAGAGCCGGCAGCGCUGGGUGCUGGCCCUGAAAGAAGAAACGAGGAAUAACAACAGUUUGGUGCCCAAGUAUCAUCCUAAUUUCUGGUUGGACGGGAGAUGGAGGUGCUGUGGUCAGGUGGAGAAGCUUGCAGUGGGCUGUGCCCAGUAUGAUCCAACCAAGAAUGCUUCAAAGAAGCCUCUUCCUCCUACCCCUGAAGACAACAGGCGAUCACUUAGGGAACCUGAAGAAACUGUGGCCAUCGCCUUGUACGACUAUGAAACGAACGAUCCCCAGGAACUCACGCUGCAGCGGGACGAGGAGUACUACCUGCUGGACAGCUCCGAGAUUCACUGGUGGAGAGUUCAGGACAGGAACGGGCAUGAAGGAUACGUGCCAAGCAGUUACCUGGUGGAAAAGUCUCCAAAUAACCUGGAAACCUACGAGUGGUACAAUAAGAGUAUCAGCCGAGAUAAAGCUGAAAAACUUCUUUUGGACACAGGCAAAGAAGGAGCCUUCAUGGUACGAGACUCCAGGACUCCCGGAACAUACACCGUGUCUGUUUUCACCAAGGCCAUCGUAAGUGAGAACAACCCCUGCAUAAAGCACUAUCACAUCAAAGAAACAAAUGACAACCCCAAGCGAUAUUACGUGGCUGAAAAGUAUGUGUUUGAUUCCAUUCCGCUCCUCGUCAAUUAUCACCAGCACAACGGAGGAGGCCUGGUCACUAGACUCCGGUAUCCAGUUUGUUCCUGGAGGCAGAGAGCCCCAGUCACCGCAGGGCUGAGAUAUGGGAAGUGGAUGAUUGAUCCCUCGGAGCUCACUUUUGUGCAGGAGAUUGGCAGCGGGCAGUUUGGGUUGGUGCAUCUGGGCUACUGGCUCAACAAGGACAAGGUGGCCAUCAAAACCAUUCAGGAAGGGGCCAUGUCGGAAGAGGACUUCAUAGAGGAGGCUGAAGUUAUGAUGAAACUCUCUCACCCCAAACUGGUCCAGCUCUAUGGAGUGUGCCUGGAGCAAUCCCCCCUCUGUCUGGUGUUUGAGUUCAUGGAGCACGGCUGCCUGUCCGACUACCUACGCAGCCAGCGGGGGCUCUUUGCCGCAGAGACCCUGCUGGGCAUGUGCCUGGACGUGUGUGAGGGCAUGGCCUACCUGGAGAAGGAGUGUGUUAUCCACAGAGACCUGGCUGCCCGGAAUUGUUUAGUUGGAGAAAAUCAAGUCAUCAAGGUGUCCGACUUUGGAAUGACAAGGUUCGUCCUUGAUGAUCAGUACACCAGUUCCACAGGCACCAAAUUCCCGGUGAAGUGGGCGUCCCCGGAAGUCUUCUCUUUCAGUCGCUACAGCAGCAAGUCGGAUGUGUGGUCCUUCGGUGUGCUGAUGUGGGAAGUCUUCAGCGAGGGCAAAAUCCCAUAUGAAAACCGAAGCAACUCAGAGGUGGUGGAAGACAUCACCACUGGAUUUCGGUUAUACAAGCCCCGAUUGGCCUCAUCACAUAUCUACCAGAUCAUGAAUCAUUGCUGGAAAGAGAAACCAGAAAACCGGCCCCCUUUCUCCAGACUCUUGAGUCAACUGUCUGAAAUCGCAGAAUUGGGACUUUGAACAGAGACUCAGCGCUGGGCCCCAGGCUGCAGAUCCUGAGUGGGGGAAGGGAGCCUUCCCUCCAUAGAGCAUUAAGAGCUGCCACCGGCACAGGACUCCCAGAGGCAGCUGGCCUGUGCGCCAGUCCCUAAGCUGCUGCAGAGGCAGCACCCUGACAGAGGCUGGCACUGGGUCACCGGCGGGAGGCUCCGCCACUGAACUGGGGGCGGGGCCAGAGCAGCGGCGAUGUCUCUCCCCUCCCCCCGGCCUCUGUCUCUGGCGGUGCGCAAACCUCAACUGACAGCUUUCAGGGCACAUUUCUUGCACUUCUUAGAGAAAGGGAGAGAUGGGGGAGGACCCCAGAUUGUUACUUUCAUUAUUCUUUUAAAUAGGGAUCUAAAGUUUAUGGGCAAGGGGCUUUUUAUUUGACCCGACAACACAGAAUCCGAGGAUAUGAGGCCAGAAGAAGGAGGAGCACGACUCUUUUUUUCCGAGAGAGCCAGUGAGUUAAUUAAAGUCAGAAAGAGUAAGCUGUGCGCUAUGAUGCUGUCAGCCGCAGCUUCCUGCCUUAGAGGAUGAUGGAACAGCUGCUUACAUCAGAGGCCGGAUGUUCUGAGAAGCAGAUUUAUUUUUCACCCAUAGAGUACACUGCCACCUCUCUCCUUGGUGGGAGCAUGAUGCACUGGGGUGAACAACUCUGAUCCCACUAUUGGGUCGUUGGGUAUCUGGUGUCUGGGCAUCAGAUGGUGGAACCGACUGGUACAGAGAAAGGCCUCGGAUUGUUACCACUUGGACGCUUACCUUUACUGCCAAGCCAAGCGUGACUCUGCCUCCCCUUCUGCACAGGAUGCUUGCGCAGGCAUCCUAGGAGGAAGUAAUGGCUUCUGAACACUGACUCUGACUGAGUCCUCCAAGAAUCAGUCUCCUCUCUGAAUUCUUCCACCCUCAUCACCAGAGGGCAGCCCUGUGCUGGGUGGUGUGGCCUGGCAGAGAAAUGGAAGCUUGUUUAAGCCCUAGAGAUUUGCAACUUUAAGGUUGAGACUUCAAGUCUCCCCAAAAUUCUAGGAGAGGAACAAAGGGUCUGUACUUGCUCGAACUAUCUGGAUGGAAACUGAGUCAGGAACUGAGUGGAGACCUUUGAAGAUGCACAAGGAUGCCUACUGUUGACUGAGCACUUGAAUAUGCAAGGUGAAUGUGCACUGAGCUACAAGCCUUAUCUGCAGAAUCUCAGUUCACCGUGAGUUCACACUGACCCCAUGAGAUUUUAUUAUUCCCAUUUUACAGAAAAGCCUGGACACCUGCCUGAAGUGACAGAGCUAGAAAGUAUAGAGCUGGAACUCCGGCCCACGUCGGUCUGACUCAGGUGCAACUUCUCCGUUUUUAUUCAGCACUGCCUCCUACUGAGGGUGAAAGGGAUUACAGAGGAGAUCAAUACAGCAGAGGGGAAAGACAAAAAAAGCCCAUGAAGAAGCCAACAACAUAGCACCAUCAGCGACUUAGGCUGCUCCUGCACAGCCCAGCGAGGUUGGCGGUGCAGCCCUUCAACUUGGAAUAGGAGCUUUUUUCCCUCAUCAGUAUCCUCACCUCCAUCAGAGUUAAUAACUUCGGAGUUACUAAAGGAGUAAUUAACCCUUUGAUUCACCCAAGCCAGCAGAGUUACGUUGCAUGAAUCCAUUAUAGCUGGGCUUCAAAGCAGCUUUAAGAGAUUCUCCUGCAGAAGCAUAAAUGCUUCCUUUAAUUAUCAUUCCAACUUUGAGCCAGCUGUGGUUUUCCUGGACACUUUGUGGGGAAGGGUAUUCCCUGAUGUAAGAGAGAUUUCAUUUUCCUGAGGUGUUCAGAUAAGACACUUAGAUUAUUGGGUGGUGUUGAAAUCACCUCAUUCUAAAUCAUGUGAUAUUUUGACCGGCUGGAGAUACAGAUGCCCUGAUUUCUGUGGUAUGGUUUAGAAAAUUCUCCCUUGCAUGGUAUUAUCUCAUCUAAGCUCAGGUUCAUUGAGGCUUUAAGUGAACACAGGUCGAGAGUCCUAUCCUGAAAAUGGGCUUCCUGCCUGGUUUUUUUUUUUUUUUUUUCUUUCCCUCUCACAUUUUGAAAAUGGUGCCAUGUGUUCACAGGGAAUUUCCCUAUAUAAAAUUUUGGUUCUAGAUGCAUUUUAUAGAUUUUGCAUUUUGUACCUUUUGAGACAAUGUAUUUAUAUUUUGAUAGGUUGAAUAUUUAUUAGUGUACAGUCAUUGCUAAUGUGCAGGAUAAAAAUGUUACAAAUAUCUCUUACCCUUUGUAAAGCUCACCAAGUUAAAAGCUACGUCUGUCAAAUAAAUUGUGUAUUUUAGUAAAUAUGGUUUGAAAGACCUGUGUCCAUAUUUAUCCAAAUGUCA